AUGUCAUCUUUCUUCCCUCAGGGAGCCCAAAGCCGAGCCGACUCCCCGAGAUCCUCGUCAGUUUCUCCAAGCAAAUCAGGGAGGCAUGGCGAGAAGAGCCCCCGAGCCUCCAAUGAGUUCGUACAGACAGCCGUGCGAUUGCGGCCUUUCCUUCCGAAUGAAUUGAGCAAGUUGGGCACUGCACCCGUGAGCUGCGUCGAGAUGAAGCCCAACGGCCAUGUGGUUUUGUCUGAUCCAGAGAAGCCGCAACAGCCUGGGCGCGAGUUUGAAUGCACCUUCGCAUUCGAUUCUAGUCGCCCCAAGUCGGACAACUACUCAGAUCAGCGUACCAUCUACAACAGUGUCGGUGCAGAGAUGGUCAUGCACGGAACGACUGGAUUCAACUGCUGCUUGGUUGCCUACGGGCAGACUGGGACGGGGAAGACUCAUACCGUGCAUGGCGAUUGGCAGAGCCACGAACAUCGGGGCCUUCUGCCACGGAUCUCUGAAGGACUGUUUCAGCGACUGGAUCAGUGUCGAGCAGAAGGUGCAUCCUGGCGGGUCCGCAUCAGCUAUAUCGAGGUUUACAACGACCGCUUGCGUGAUCUCUUGGAGCAUGCCGGGCCAAGCCUGUCCCGGAGCGAAAACGACAGCCCUAGUCCACGCCGGCAUUCAAAGCCGGGAACUGCGGCAGGCCCUCGCCUGGAGAUACGGAAUCACCCAGCUGUUGGGGUCUACGUCGAAAACCUCCAGGAGCUGCCUGUGGAACACCUUCGGGACGUUGCUCGCCUGGUCUCCAAAGGAGAGAAGGCCAAGAAGGUGGAGAGGACGACGAUGAACGACCGAUCGAGUCGUUCACACACGAUCUUCAUGUUCAAGGUUGAAGUCCGAAAUGCCUCCAAUGGAGACCACAUGUCAACCAUGCAGGUCGUUGACCUGGCCGGCCGUGAGAAUGAGCAGACAUCAGAAUGCAAGGGCGACCGCUUCCGAGAGCUCAGGCACAUCAACCGCAGUCUCUUCGACCUCGCGAGUUGUAUCCAUGCGCUCUGCGACGGCAACCGCGACCACGUGCCCUUCAGGAACUCCAAACUGACGAUGCUGUCCGUGCCUGAGCUGCUGCCUUCGCAGCACGUGGCAUGGCUCAGAGCGCUCAGCAAUCCUCCGCUUCCUCGGGGCCGCUUUGGGCUCGGCGCUUGGGGAGGCUUCGACGAGAACAUCCUCACCUGCUCCUUGCGGCACCUCGCCUCAGCUCAGAUGCAUGUCAUGUGGAAGGAGCGCACGCAGGUCGAACCGUUGCUGGGCGGGCCAGAUCCAGUGGUUCUGAAACUGGAUGAGAGAAGCUUCGUGUACUAUAUGCCAGCGAUAACCGGCGACAAAGAUCCCAGCGCAUGGUAUGACGAGCUGACUGCCAUUUUGCAGAACAGCACGCUGACGACGCCGACUCCGCCCAAGGACACCUCGGCGGAGAAUGAGCGCGCCCAGUUUUAUGCAGCGGGUACGUUUGAUCAUGCUGUCCCGGAUGCAGGCCUCCAGGCAAUGGACUUCCGGUACAAUCCUCGCUGGUGCUUAGCGGGACGACCUCUUGAGAACUUGCAAUGCAUCCUGAACUUGAAGCGGAUGGCCGAGGAAGAAGUAAGCAAGAUUUUAGCGAUGGAGAACGAAUCGCUUAGUGAGACAAAGAUUUCUCAAGACUUGUUGCAGCCUUACUUCAAUAGUAUACUCGUGAAUUUUUACAAAGAUGGCAAAGCCCAAAUCAAGUGGCAUGCCGAUGAUGAGAACUGUUACGGGCCUUCGGACAACAUCCUCAUCGGUUCGCUGUCCUUCGGUGCGGCCCGUGUGUUCGAAGUGCGCCGGAAGCCACGGCGGGGCGACACCGACCGCAGUGCGCAGCAGCUGAAACGAAUUCUGCUGCAGCCGGGCUCGCUGCUGGUAAUGGGAGGCGCCAUGCAAGCUAACUGGCAGCAUUCACUUCCCGCCGAGCCUUUUGCUGCAUGGAGCAUGAGCACAUCUCGGGUGAAUUUCCUUAGCAUACUUUUCUGGCAAGACAAGGAGAUCGGAGGCGCGGAGAAGGAUCAAAAAGCAGCGGGUGCGUCUUGCCGCAUCACCACUCAGCCUGUUGUGAACCACUUCGGUGCGGCGGAGGUGCAGAAGCACUUGCAGGACGAGAUCGCCAACUUGCAGUCCACUCUGGUGGAGGAAGCCGUCAUCGCUUCCCGCCAGACGUUGCUGAAACAGUUCUCGGAAGUCUGGUCAGAUCAUCACCUGCAGGCUUUGCAGGCCAUGGGCUCUGGCUUCCUGGAAACGCUCAAAUGCCCCAAGCAGUGCGAAGAUGUCACCUUGAUCAGCGAGUGGCGGUCCGAAGCGGCAAUCACCAGCUGUGAUGUGAAUCUCAUCGAUCCUUGCACGGCCACAGUCUCUUGGGUUCUCUAUGGCAGCCUCCUGAGAGUAACGAUGUGUCACACGGGCCGUGUCACAGCUUUGGCGGAGUGUGCGGAUGGUCGUUUUGUGAAGGGCUCUGCGUCACUGGAGGAGCAGACGGAGCUAUCCGCCUGUGGGCAAAGCGGACGUGGUCUGCUUCCCUACCAGCAGAGGACCAAGAACGUUUUGCUGGAUGCGCUUCACAGUGCGGCUGAUGCAUCUGCAGAGCGCGGCUCAGCCAUUCCAAGCUUCACUCACUUGCGGUGCUGGUUGUGCUUGCCACUGGAGGAUGGCGCAGAACCUCCACAGCUGUCCGCAGAAGUGCCGCGGCAGAACACAGACACAAAGGCCUUCUAUGCACACACGCAGCAGGCCACCUUCGGCCGAGGAGGUGUAACGACCAGGGGCAUCAAGCGCAACUGCUACAAGUACGCCUCCGUUGAGGUGUUGGUGCAAAGUGGUAGCAACCUCAUCAAGGCCGAGGCUUUGAAGAGAUCUCAGCUCUACGGAAGCCCAGUCCGCAUCAUCGCCUUCGCUGAAGGCACCGUGCUGGACGUCGCCGAUGCAUCGCAGAAGUGCCAGGACGGGCACAUGGAACGAGUCGCUGACGCUAUCCUACCGAAGGAGAUCUGUAGCCCAGACAUGGUCGUGUUGUGCGACAGAUGGCGUGAGCAGGAGCUGGAUCGCUGGAAAGCAGGUGUUUCACACUCAGACGCCAGCGAUAUCCGGAAGUUUACAAGUGACGGCCUCGUCAUCAGCUCUUACGUCGCAGCAGCAGAGCUGCUAAAGCUCGUGGCUUCUUUAUGCUUCCUCGUGGUUGCCGGUAAAUGGCACAGUGCAUUUACGGGCUGGACAUGGCGGAUCGGACUGCGAGAGUCGAUCUGGCCUGCAAUGGCUUAUGCUUUGCAGAACGUUGCAGGGACAGCUGCAAACAAAUCGCUCGAUGCGGUUACAUGCAACGUUCUCAACCAGACAAAGCUGCUUUGGACCGCUGCUUUUGUGGUUCUGCGUAAGCAACGACAGUUUACCUUCUGUGAAUGGGUCGCCCUCACGAUGAUCCUCCUGGCUUCAGUGCUGACGGCUUGCGAUGGUGAUGGCUUGCGAGCAGAGCCCUACUGUGGACGGUGUCAAGGCAUUGCCUGCGCCUGCUUGGCGGCGAUGUGCUCUGCAUUCGGAGCAGUUCUCACCGAGGAAGCUUUGGUAAAGGGCAGGGAUCCGUUCCUGCUUUCGGCGGAGCUGGCCCUUGGAGGUCUUGGCACGCUCUUUGUCACCUUUCCGUUCACGAUGCUGGAGCAGGGAACUGCAGAAAAGUUUUACGGCUGGACGUGGGCAACACUGCUCCCACUCUUUACUCACGCUGGCGGGGGCAUCCUCGUUGGCAUCGUCACGAAGCAUCUGGGAAGUGUAAACAAAGCGAUCUUGAUGGUUGUCAGCCUGCUGUUGACCGGGACUUUAAAGGUGCUGAUCGAUCAUCGUUUGCCAUCUGCUCCCUCGAUGCUGUCCAUCGGACUCGUUGCGGCUGGCCUCGCGCUGUACUGUGAUCUCGGGAACCGCAUCGUGGUCUUUUGUCAGCGUGAGAAGCCAAUGUUUGACGUGCUGCAGCCGCUGCACCUGCAUUGCACCUGGUAUCGGACCUUGCUGGGCCAUCCCCGACGCCCGCAGCCGCUCAAAGUGGAGCGCUUCCACUGGGUGCAGGAGUACUCUGCCUGA